AUUCCAUGCUGCAACAACACUUCCGCACUGUAAUUUUAUACAUUUGACAUCUAAAAUGGACCUUUAGUGCGCCACCUCAAUCCCACAUCACAUGGGGCGUUCGUUCCUCGACAUCGUACAUUGUAUAGCUAACUGGAUAGCCAGUGAAUUGGGGUGGUAUAAGCUUGUAAACAUUGUUUAUCGUAGAAAAUAUUCCGAGUCUCCGUUCCAAUCUGAACAACGGAGUUGUUCCUCGCGAUGAUCCACUUAAUUUAAGACAACUAGCUACUAGUUUAUAUAUCCUUUGUUUAGAAAAUUCCCUGCAGUUUUUGCUAAUCUAACGUCUAUCAAAUGUCACGGAAAGGGAUUGUCAAAGAAAACAAAACAUUUGAGUUGGCUUUGUGACAAGCAAAUCGAACUGAACAAAAACAACGGUGUAAGAUUGAGAAACGAUUGCAAUACAGCUGGCUAGCAAGCUGCUGCGGUUCCACUUCAAGUAUAAUAGCCUGUCGACAUAACUACCCAACCGAAUAGGUGGAGGGUUUGAGUUUAUUCACCUAACCGCAUAAGGAAAUAUUCCGUAAGAUCCACUGACAUGAUGUUUCCACAAUCAAGACACUCGACAUCUUCUCAGUCCAGUCAGCCCCUCAAGUUCACCACCUCAGACUCCUGUGACCGGAUCAAGGAUGAGUUCCAGUUCCUCCAAGCACAAUACCACAGUUUGAAAAUGGAGUGUGAUAAACUAGCUAGUGAGAAGUCAGAGAUGCAGCGUCAUUACAUCAUGUACUAUGAGAUGUCCUAUGGACUGAACAUUGAAAUGCACAAACAGGCUGAGGUGGUAAAGAGAUUGAAUGGAAUCUGUGCUCAAGUUCUCCCCUACCUAUCACAAGAGCAUCAGCAGCAGGUCAUGGGUGCCAUAGAGAGAGCCAAGCAGGUAACCCCACCUGAGAUGAACUCCAUCAUACGGCAACAGCUCCAGGUUCACCAGCUGUCUCAGCUCCAGGGCUUGGCCCUGCCCAUGACACCCUUGCCCCUGGGUCUGACGCCCCCUAGCCUACCUGCUGUCACCUCCAGCUCUGGCCUGCUCUCCCUCUCCUCCAUCCUGGCCUCCCACUCCCAUGCCCAGGCUCAGCUAGCCAAGGAGGACAAGGUUCGGGAGGGGGCCGAGAGGGACCAGAGAGAAGAGGACGGGGACAAGUCAGACUGACGGGAAGGGACCUUGCAGCAUGGUGCAGCAUGGCGUAGUGAAUGGAGGCUGAGAAGAGGAGAGAGAGGGUAGGGAGACAGGUUUGACUAAUGCCCCAUUAUCGCCACAGUGUGGAGGGAGAGAGGAUCAUAGGGAAGUUCUCAUCAAGAAAGGGAGAGAUUCACACAGUUAUGGGUUGGUGAUGCUGCUUAGAAUUCUAUUCCUUAAGAGGAAUUAUCCCAAAGGGUUUUGAGGUAGGAGGAGAGGAGUUUAGUAAGAGUUGACUGUCAGUCUCACCAGACUCUGCUUAAGGCAACAUCAUUCUGCUCUCCCCUUCUCCGAUUUCCUCUUCUCUUCCCCAUUCCUCUUCUGUGUGCAUCUUUGAUUUUUUUUUCUCCAAGGGUUUCCAUUAUUUGUUGAUAUAUAAAAUUAGUCUGAUUGUAUUUGAUUCUGUUGCCUGGCCCAUUCUCUAUCCCUCUUCCCCCUUCCCUUCCUCUUUGUCUCCACACCUUCAUCUUAGACAAGUGGGAUAAAGGAGAUGCGUCAAUAGACCUCCCCCCUUCAUCCUGUAUCUGUCUGUUGAUUGGUGGCUUAGUCCCCUCAACCCCUCACCCUAUCUAAUGAAAGUUCAGUGCAGAGGAAAGUACAGUGAUGUCAUGCAAAUCUGCACAAGGAGCCAAAGGGACCUCUUCAAGACAUGUUCUGUUCCAACCUUAAAGAAGAGGAUUCUAAGUAAGAGACAGUCUAAUUAAAAGUGUGUGUCUAAACAAGUGUUGGUGGGGGUGUAAAUGUGCGUGUAAACAAAUCAAUGUUUUGUUAUAUUAAGCACCUUUCAUCUCCCAGUUUAUUUUUCUGCUUCCUUUAUUGGUUUCUUCCAUUCAACAAAGAUUAACUUAAUUGGGACUUUAAAAGUCAAAUUUGGCCUAAUCAGAAAGCUUAACUAGUUAUAAAGAGAACAUUAACUUACUAGGGUUACGUUAGCCCACUGCAUUCUUAAAGUUAGGGUAGACCUCGAGUUACAUGGCUCUUUUUGGGUCUCAGCCAAUCAGCUUUCAGCUGUAGUGGGAUAAGGACAUUUCAGUCCAUGAACAUGUCAGGCAAACAAUAGCACCUAGCUCUCUACAUUUUCAAUGAGGAGUUUGUAGAGGGUCAUUGGGUAACUAGACUACUACUUCCCUUCCAUUGCAAGUGUCUUUAGUAGAAGACCAGGAUGUGUGGUGGUGUUUUUAGCCAGAAGAUGGCAGUAAAGCAGCACUGUUGACUGAUGCACUUGACUUACUGUUAAUGUUAGCUAGCCAGAUGAAAUCGGGGCUCUCAAAAAAGCACAGCGUUCCUCAAAUAUCUUUUUAAAGGCAGAAACUAUAGCGCCUUCUAGAAUAAACCCUGGUGUCGUGGGGGGGGGGGGGGUUGUUGUAUACCAGAAGCCUAACAGUCUAUCCAAGCUUACUACCCUGAUCUAGUUCCUGUUUGUGAAACCCCUCCUAGGCUAGCAUAGGACAACCUUAGGUGAACAAAGCUUAACUCAGACCUGUGAACGGUAGAUGUUUGUGUAUGUUGUCAAGGGCCAAUUUAUGUACGUACAUGAAUAUACCUAUAAUUUUGUAAGCAUUUUUGUAUGUUUCAGAGCUGCUUUCCAAUGUGUGUUUGAGCAUGUGUCAUGGAGGACUAUGGCGAGUAAGUGUGUGUUAGAAUGCUGUAGUGACUCUACAACCCCUCCCCCCUCUACCCCUCCUUUCCUUGACAACGAUGAGGCAACUGCUUUGAGCUUUGUAAAUGUCUUGUCAUUUUCAUUGAAACUCUUCAUUUAGUUGUAUGUAAAAGUUACAAAUAUGUACUUGUUAAUAAUGUUACGUUAUUAAAAAAAAGUGUACUAUAGCUUCAUUUAAAAAGCAGGGGGAAACAAAUGUAUUGUAAAACCAACAAACCAUGUACUCUAAUUGAAUGAACCAUUCUGCAGUAAGGAAAUGUCUUUUGUGCCUUACAAAUAAAAGACCUGAUUGAA